ACUAUAUGUUUAUGUUUCUCACCACUUGAGCUCUUUAUCUAAGCAAGUUAAUUUUCUUUGUCAUUUUAUAAGAGCAGAAAUGAGCAACAAAAUCUCUUUCUUAUACACAUAUAUAUCUGGAUCUGAGGCAUCUCAUUAGCUGGAACCUUGUAACGGAAACCCUAAACUUUUGUGUACUCUAAAAAGACUUCGGGGCCAUGGGCAGGCUGGAUGACGCUGCCAAGCGCAAGGUGGUGGAACUGCGUGAAGCGGGCCUGAGCUUCCGCAAGAUCAAAGCUGUGCUGGAGCUGGAGAACAUCAAAGUAUCCGCACAGGCAAUCUACCUCUUCCUGAAGGAGUUUCAUGGAAGAGGCAGACAAAAUGAUGCUCCCGUGUCCGGGACUGGUGGAUCUACAACAGCCUCGGGAUCAAGGGACAUGGGGCUAGGUGAACCGAGACACGGUGGCUGGAGCGAGCAGCAACUAAGGAAUCUGCUUCGUGAGGCUGCCCAUGUUGCUGGCUUCUCAUCUCCUUCAGACUCCUCAGGGCAGAGUGGGGUAGCUCCAGAACCCAGGGGACACUCCUCUGGGGCAGGCCCAGCUAGCCAGGAGCCGCAGCAGGGAGACAGGAAGGACGAGGAUGUCCGAAUCGUAAGUGUUACCUCACUGGCACAGAAUACCCACCAUGAUGCCGUUCAAACAGUACGCUCAGGGAUUGGCUCAGGAGCAAUGGCUGGAACGUUUUCAAGGAGAAGGUACACACCCUCACCAGCAAACCCAGUCCUUGUGGCUCGGAAAAGGCUCCUGGACAAGGCUUUGUUCCACAGAGCAAGGGUACGGGACAGUGGCCCUCAAUCUGCCCAACAGACUGUGUCAUUAGUGAGAAGAGAUCAGUCAUGUUUCCCAUACUCAGAAGGAAGGAAGGUCAUGUUACCUCAAACAUCCUCCUUCAACCCCACAUCUACCCGACCUGUGAGGGGACUACACCCAGGGACCAGUCUUUUUCGACAAGGAUUUCAGCAACGGGCAAAUAUGCCCACCCGCUCGACAGAACAGUCACCCCGUGUUGGCAUUCGGAUUCCUGUGCCAGGCCAGUCAAGUACUGGGCCACAGAAUGUCAGUUCGUCCGUAAGGGCCCAGGCUCCAACCAGUCAGCAGCAGUCCCCUCCAAGCCAGCAGAGCAAUGUGGACACUGGAACACUAAGUGCAUUGCAGGAACAGGUCAAGUCUCUGGCUUCUGAAGUGCGCAGUCUUGGAUUAGCUCUCAGGAUGAUGGUAGAGCAGCAGGGCCGCCUGGAGAGGGAGCAGAGCCAGCAGACACAGGUCCAAAAGCAAAUCCUCAGCACCUUGCAGAAACUAGCAUCUAAACAGGGAUCCUGUGCCUUUCAGCACAGUACAACUCCCACAAUGCCCUCUUGCCCAUUGUCCUCAGCCUCCUACAGUCAGAGCACCUUCACUCCCAGCCAAGGCAACAGUUUGUGCAGCCAAGCCCAAUCCAGGUACAACGAAAUCGAUGGAUCCACUCUUGAUAACAUUGAGACAUUUUCUCUAGAUGGUCUCAGCUCUGCUGCUAUAAAUGGCUUUCAAUCUUCUGACUCUCUUUCAUUCAACCGGACACACUCACCACCAUUUACACAGUCACACACACAGACAUUCACAUCUGAGAUAGUCAGCUACACGCAGCCUCACACAGACACUUAUGAAGGGAUGGACAGCAAGUCAGCGGAAAUGGCCUCACCGAGCACAGACAGAUCCUUUCAAGCCUGCAGGUCUUCAAGUCAGUCUUCUACUGAACCUAUUUCUGUGCACGAUGCCCACCUGACUAUUGUCAAAAUAGAAAAUGUUUAAAAGACUGCAGAAAUUUACGUAUACUGCUGUGUUUGUUGUAUUUCUGAUCUUCCUUGCUGAAUUUUGACAAAUUUUAGAGUGAAUCGUUUGAUGGUACUGUAGCUUCAGCAAUAGUAGACAAGUAGUGAAGAUUUUUACACAACUUUUAAUAAUGGGCCAAACACCACACAGUACAUUCACAAAGACAUUUAAAUAUCUUAAAGUUGAAGUCAUUCUUUUUAUUCUCCAUUUAUGUGUGUUUUUACUUUAAUGAGCAAAUACAAAUUUAGUGUUAUGAAGGCAAAAUAAAACCUGACUGUUUUCUCGUAUA